AUGGAGAAAAUUGAAGAUAUUGUGAAAAGAAACAGGAGUGCCUUCCUUAGCAUUAAAGAUGAUGAAGCAUCAAAAUGUGACCAGUCUCUAACAUCCUUAAAUCUGGUUCUUUGUGGGAGACGAGGAGCAGGGAAGACCUCAGCAGCCAAGGCCAUUCUAGGUCAGACAGAUCUUCCUUCAGCCUUCAGCUCAUCACAGUGUGUUAGAAACCAGGGAGAGGUGCAUGGACGUUGGGUUUCUCUGGUGGAUCUGCCUGCAUUGUAUGGAAAACCUCAGCAGGAAAAGAUGAAGGAAUCAUUCAGGUGUAUCUCCCUCUGUGAUACUGAGGGUGUCCACGCCUUCAUCCUGGUCCUACCUGUGGGUUCCCUCACUGAUGAAGACAAGGGAGAGUUACAGACCAUCCAGGACACCUUCAGCUCUAGGGUCGACAACAACACAAUGAUUCUGUUCACCACAGAUUUGGAUCCUGAACAUCCAGAUGUGGUUAAGUGUCUUAAAAAAGAUAAGAACAUCAAAGAGCUAAUUAAGAGAUGUGGAAAAAGAUACAUUGUUGUCAAGAGCAGUGACAAGAAGCAGUUCUCUAAAGUAAUAGAUUUUGUAGGGAAAAGGGAACAAAGCUGCUACACAAUAGAAACCCUCUUUGAAGCAUACUUGGAUAAAAUCUUAAAACAAGAGGAAAACUUCUCCGGACUACAGACAAAAUCUUAUGGGUCCAGUGACAAGUGGACAAACGAGUGCCUCAGGAUAGUUCUGAUUGGGAAGACUGGUUGCGGGAAGAGCUCUUCAGGAAAUACUAUCCUUGGUAGAAAAGAGUUUGAAGCUGACAUAAGCCAAAAAUCAAUCACGAAAAAUUGUAAGAAAUCAAUGGGUGAGGUGGAGGGCCGUCCUGUUGCUGUGGUGGACACUCCUGGUUUGUUUGAUGACAGUUUAACACAAGAAGAAGUGCAGCUAGAAUUGGUCAAAUGUCUUAGCCUUCUGGCACCGGGUCCACAUGUCUUCCUGGUAGUGGUACCAAUAGGAGGAAGACUCACACCAGAAGAGAAACAGACAUUAAAACUUAUUAAAGAAGGUUUUGGGGGGAAUUCUGAAAAGUACACCAUCAUCCUUUUUACCAGAGGAGAUAUGAUAAAGGAUAAGCAGUCCAUAGAUGAUUAUGUAGAAAAAAACUGUGAUGACUCCUUCAAAAAGAUUAUUGACGACUGUGGGGGAUACCAUAUGUUUGACAACAAUGACACUCAAAACCGCAGACAGGUUAUAGAGCUGAUCAGAAAGAUUGACAACCUGGUGGCUAAAAAUGGAUGCUUUACAAAUGAGAUGCUGCAAGAGGCUGAAACAGCCAUACAGAACCAAAUUCAACAAAUCCUUAAGGAGAAAGAUGAAGAAAUGCAGAGAGAAAAAACAGAAUUAGAAGAAAGACAUCUACAGGAGAAGGAGGAGAUGGAAAGAAAAAUGAAGGAAGAAAGAGCAAAAUCUGAAAAUGAGAUGAAGGAGAAAGAAGACAAAAUUAAGGAGAUUGAGAAAAAGCUACAGCAGGCUGAAGAAGAAAAAAUUAAAGAACAUGUACGGAGAACAAAGGAAGAAGCUAAAUGGAAAGAUGAGAAAGAAGCCUUGAUGAAUGCUUUUGAAUCAGCAAGUUUAUCUAAAGAAUUUGCUCAUUACUAUGCGAACGACCAAAACCAAUCAAAAGGUAAAAAGAAAACUCUAGAAGCCUUGGAAAAAGAGAUGGAAACUUUAAGACAUAAAUGGGAAAAAGAGGACAAAAAGAGGGAAAAGGAAAACGAAAGACUUAAACAGGAUUAUGUAAAGAUAAAAGAAGAUUAUACAAAACAAAAGGAGGAGGAUGAAAGAAGAAAAGAGAAGGAGGUCAUGGACAUACAGAAACUGGAUGAUGUGUACAGGCAGGAGUUAGACAAACUUAAAGAAAGAUAUGAGGAAGAAGCCAGGAAGAAAGCUGAAGAGCUCAAUGAAUUUAAAGACAAAUAUUUUAAAGAAUUUGCAGCUCAGAUGCUACAGCAGCAUGAGAAGUAUAAUAUGCUAAGGGCCCUCAAAGACAUGAAUGACAACAAACACAGAAAAGAAAUUGCUGAUUUGGUGAAAUGCAUCACUAAAAAGAAAGAGAAUGUGAAAAAACUGAAGGACAUGCUGUCAAAACAAGAAGAAGAAAUGAAAAAGGCCAAAAGUCUACAAGAAAUCAAAAAACAGGGGGAAGAACACAACAAAGAGCUAAGUGAUCUGAUUCAGCAGCUUUUGACUGAAAUGGAUGAAAAAACUGGCUGUGUCAUUUCAUGA